AUGGUAAUUACGGCGGUUAUGGGGAGGCAGGUUACGGAAACUGGCGGCGUCGCAAAACAAGGCUACAGUAGUUAUGAAAUGCAAGAGUCAAGCAUACAGUCAAGUGUCGUACGGCGGAACAAGGAUAUACUGGAAAAGCUUGUGGAGCCGCCUAUGGCAACCAAAGGACAAGAGUAUGGCCAGCAAGGUACGGUAACCAAUGCUACGGCCAUCAAGCUUAUGGACAGCCGUACAACAAUUACGGAGCGCAAUCUUCAUAGACAACAGUACGGCAAUAACGUGAACGAUCAAGAGUGCAAGCUUAUGGACAUCAACCAUACGUAA